UAGCCACAGCCAGCAAGCAAGAGCUUCUGAAAGGAGAUAGAAGCUGAGGGAGAGAAAAAGAGAGGAGAAGAGCCAGCAGGCUUGCAAAAGUGAGAGAGUGAUAGGGUGAGAGUCAUCAUGCAGUUCGCCACAGGGGCGAUGAGCUCUCUCCUCCCCAAGCUGGGAGAGCUGCUCGUAGAGGAGUACAAGCUGAAGAAGAGUGUGAGGAAGGGGAUUGAAGAACUCAAGGCCGAGCUCGAGAGCAUGCAAGCAGCCCUCAUCAAGGUGUCCAGCGUGCCUCUAGAUCAACUCGACCCGCAGGUCAAGAUUUGGGCCAAUGAGGUCAGGGAGUUGUCCUACGCCAUCGAGGACAGCCUCGACUCAUUCGUGACCCGCGUCGAGGGUAAUGAGCCAACCAAGCCCAAAAUCAAGCACUUGCUCAAGAAGGCCCGCAAUGAGUUCAGCAAGUUCAAGGCACGCCAUGAAAUAGCCAAUGACAUCAAAGACAUUCAGAGCCAAGUUAGGAAGAUCAAGGAACGGCGCGACAGUUACAAGAUAGACGAUGUUGAUGCAAAUCCUGCAGCAACUACAGUUGACCCUCGUCUCCCAGCUCUAUACAAAAAGUUGUCUGACCUGGUGGGUAUUGAUAAGCCAAUUAAUGAGCUGAUAAAGAUCCUGUCCGAGGGGGUUCCCAUGCCUGAUAAAAAUCCCAAGAUAGUCUCUAUUGUUGGAUUUGGAGGACUGGGAAAGACAACCCUUGCAAAAGCAUUGUAUGACAAGCUUAGCACAAAAUAUCAACGAGUUACAACAUAUCAGUGUCAUGGUUUUGUUCCAGUUGGUCAGAACCCAAAGGCAAAGAAAGUUCUUCUGGAUAUAGUCUGUGAACUUGACAAGGAGUUGUACAAAGCUGCAACAACAAUGGAUGAAAGGCAGCUGAUCAACGAGUUGCAGACGUUCCUUGCAGGCAAGAGGUACUUUAUUGUUAUUGAUGACAUAUGGGAUACACAAAUAUGGGAAACGAUUAAGUGUGCUUUCAUGGAUAGUCAUCCGGAAAGUAGAUUAAUCAUAACUACCCGUAUUGUUGAUGUUGCCACCAAAGCUGGUGGUAUCUACCACAUGCAACCACUUUCUGAUGAUUACUCCAAAAUAUUAUUCUAUACAAGAACAUCUGGUAGUGAAGGACCUGCUGAAGUGACUACCAAAAUUUUAAAGAAAUGUGGUGGUGUGCCAUUAGCUAUCACUACAAUAGCUAGCUUGCUUGUUGGUAAACACACUGAGGACUGGUCUAAGGUGUAUGAUGCCAUUGGUUUUGGGCAUGCAGACAAUGGAGAUGUUCAUAACACAAGAAAGAUAUUAUCUUUUAGCUAUUAUGAUCUGUCGUCCAAUCUUAAGACAUGUUUAUUGUAUCUUAGUGUGUUUCCUGAAGAUUAUUUAAUUAAUAAAAUAUCACUGAUAUGGAGGUGGGUUGCCGAAGGAUUUAUACCAUAUGGAGAAGGGAUGGAACCAUUUGAACUUGGAGAGAUCUAUUUCAACAAGCUUGUAAACAAGAGCAUGAUACGGUGGAUAGAUCCUGAAGAUAAUGAUGGCCGAGGUGGUUGCCGUGUCCAUGACAUGGUGCUCGAUCUCAUCCGCACCAUAUCAAAUGAUGUAAAUUUUGUUACAAUACAUGAUAUGGAGCAGCAUGGCACAUGUUCACGAGGAGAACGAACCAACUGGGUUCGCAGAUUAGCAGUUCAUGGAAGUGGGGAACACAACUCUGGCAUUGAAAUGGAGCAUGUAAGGUCAUAUAAUGUUGUAGACUGCCGUGCCAAUAGUAUGCCCCUGCUUUUGAGCUUUAAAGUAUUGCGUGUGCUAGUUAUUGAGGACUGUGUUCUUUCGGAAGGUAGUAGUCUUGAGCAUCUUGGUAAGUUGGUGCAGCUGAGGUACCUGGGGCUAGUGAAGACAGCGGUCAAGAUCCCUGAAGGAAUAGGGCAUGAUCUGAAGUUUCUUGAGAUAUUGGAUGUAAGGGGAGGUUUGAUAAGUGAGCUGCCGCCAUCUGUUGGUGAGCUAAUGAAUUUGAGGUGCCUGUGGGCUGAUGAAGGUACAGUGAUGAAAGGCGAGAUAGGGAAACUGACAUGCCUUGAAGAACUGGAGCUAUAUUCGGUGCACAAGUGCCCAAACUUCUUCACAGAGGUGGGGAAGCUGACAGAGCUAAGGGUGCUGCAUAUCCAUUUCGCUGAAAUAGAGGAGUCUGCGGGCAAGGCUCUGAUGGAAUCUCUGCGCAACCUUCACAAGAUCCAUAUUCUGAGGGUCUGGGAUGAUGAUGGUGAGGCCGAGUAUUCGGUUGUCCUAAAUGAUAGCUUGGAAGACUUGGCACCCUGUACAAAGCUGUACGAGUUAAUUCUGCCUAUCAUAGUUAUACCGAGGGUGCCAUCAUGGAUCAAUCAUUUAAGUGUUCCACUCCUUUCUCGUCUAGGGCUGCAUGUGGAUGCGGUAGAAGUUCAGGAUGUUCAAACCAUCGGCAGGUUGCCGUCGCUCCUCGUCCUUCUUCUCUGGAGUAAGGAUGAAAAGAACAUAUCAUAUACUUUUGGCAGCAAUGAGUUCCACAAGCUGAGAGUCCUGUGGACGAAGAAGAUAGAGAUUGCUGUUGGAGAAGGAGCAUUGCCGAUGCUUGAAGUGCUGGAAUACCGUGCAAGCGCUGAAAGAAAGGACGCUGCCAGCUUGGUGCCGUGGAGGAGAAAUAGCUGCCCUUUGCUGAAGGAAGUCACCUGUUACCUUGACUGCACUAACUGCAGCUACAGGAAAGUAGAGGAAGCAGAGGAAGCGCUGAGGCAGGCUUCCGGCACCCGUCCCAAUGCUGUGUAUCUCGAUCUCGAGAUAGUAAAAGAGAACUACGACAAGAAGGCUGGUAAAUUCAUUGAUAAUCUCGAGUGGAUCCUACGUGGUUUGGACAGACCCGAGGAUGUGGGCCGUCCUGCAGCAUACCAGGAAGAAAGGACACGUCUGAUGAUUAGAUCACUCGAGAGAAGAUUACGUGACGAUGCGGAGCCUCGGGUGGGGUGGCACGGCGAACAAGAGAUGCGUGGCCUUGUUACCAAAUUCAAGAUUUGGCUACAUGAUCAUGCAGGCACCAACCAGGAUGAGGCGGGCAAGAGUGAUGCCACAGAUAGUGAGGACGGUGACGAUGAAGAUUAUUAUUACGGUGACCAAGCAGAGGCAGACGAUGGUGAAGCCACUUGCAGUGGGGAUCAGCAGGAGGAGGAGGGGGCCCAACGUUGAAUCUCUUCCGUGGGUCAUGCCAUGUAACUCAAGCUGGAUGGCGGCCAUCUUGAAGGCUUCUAUGGAAUUACUGUCGCCACUUGGAAGACGUCAACUUAUUUCGUCCAUGGGUGUGAAGAAAAUCACAAAAGAAAAUAGGUUUCUCCUUUAGCAUUAGACUGGGUUGUAAAAGAAAAAAGAAAAAAAAUCGAAAACAUGAAAAAUUAAAAAUGUUUAUUUAAUUUAGAGAUAGAGUGUUUUUCUUUGGCAGGGCGGGGCGGGGGGGGGGG